AUGAAGCUGUACGCAUGGGAGGAGGCUUUUGAAGAGCGGAUUGGUGAAUUGCGAGCACAAGAGGUAACAAUGAUUAAACGGGUCAACGUCAUUUCUCAGAUCAAUUUGGCUGUGAUUGAAGCCUCGAUUUUCAUAAUAAUCUUCGGCACGGCGAUGUUAACAAUAUUGUUGGGUACACCUGGGUUAAGCGUUUUGGUGAUCGUUUGUUUGAUCAUUGUGUUCAAUGUUUUUGUGACAAAGUUGAUCAAAAAGUAUCAGCAACAACAGAUGAAAAUUAAGGAUGAGAGGACAAAAAUGUGCAAUGAAGUUUUUCAUGGAAUAAAGCUUAUUAAGCUGUACGCAUGGGAGGAGGCUUUUGAAGAGCGGAUUGGUGAAUUGCGAGCACAAGAGGUAACAAUGAUUAAACGGGUCAACAUCAUUUCUCAGAUCAAUUUGGCUGUGAUUGAAGCCUCGAUUUUCAUAAUGAUUCUCGUUGUGUUUGGGCUAUGCAUUUGGACACUAGAAGAGGGACAUGAUUUGUUGAGGCCAGAGAUUGUAUUUGUUGCGAUCUCGAUUCUUCAACAACUCAAAACACCAAUGAGAAAAAUUGCCAAAACAGUCACUUUCCUAGUUCAGUUCAUCAUGUUCAUCGAGUGCGGAAAUGUGUUGUUCAUGGUUUUUGCUGGUGCUAAUGUACGAAUAGAUUGUGGUGAAAGUAUAACUCCUAACUUGAUGUGUAUCGACUUUGAACAAGGAAAUUGUUCAAAUGCUAGCAUCACUUGGGAAUUCUAUUCGAUUAAUGCAGAGUGGUCUCUUUUCUGUAGUAAAAGUGUUCUCGUCAAAGACUCGAUUUCUUAUCAGAUGAUUGGUCUCUUGAUUGGUGCAAUUCUUUGGGGACGAGUUUCUGACAUUUACGGGAGAAGAAUUACUAUGCUCAUUUGCCUAAAUUUCUGUGGCGUUUUCGGUAUUGCAUCCGCUUUUGCCCCUGAUUUGACAACUUUUACAAUCUUGAGAAUUUUCGUUUCCUUCUUCGCGGUUGGAGCCGGGAUAGUCGUUGCCUCAUUCUUUGGCGAGUUCUUCCCAUCAAAGCAUCGCCUCUGGCUCGCGUUUGUUCUCAGCUGGUCACCAAAUCUCGUUCUUGUCGCUGGUUUAGCUUACCUACUGAGCACAUGGCGAAAUCUGGCUUUUGUCAUCAACAUUCUCAACUUCCCCGCUGCUCUCCUUAUGUGGUUCAUGUGUGAGACACCACACUAUUUGAUUCAAAGUGGGAAUCUCAAAGAAGCUAUUCGAUCAUUUGAAAGAUUCCAUAGAAUCAAUGGAAGCAAAAUCGUUGAGAACGAUUUGGCGAAAAUUAUUCACAAAGAAACGGGAACUGAGUCUAAACCGUGCUCCUUUUUACACCUCUUCUCUACUCCGCGCCUCGUUUUGUACACAAUAGCAAUCUGUUACAGCUCCUUUGAUGUUGGUUUGAUGAGCUAUUCACUGUUAUUCAACUUCGAGAAAAUCUCGGGAUCUCUUUAUGAAAAGACUUUGAUGAUCGGUGGUCUUCGGUUGAUGUUCGAUUUGCUUUCUGCGGCAGCUGAUUAUAAAUUUGAGUGGCUUGGCCGUAAGACAGUCCAUAAAAUCGUCUGUUUGGCAACAAUGGUUGUGCUCUUUCCAUUGAUGUUCAGUGAUUACUUUGCGAUUCCUGAAUGGAUUGUUGAAUAUCUUUUCUUGAUUGUUGCUUCAAUGAUUGUUCAACUUUACGCAAUUGUGGAGAUCAUUUGCAAUGAGAUUUUCCCCACUCCACUUCGGAACACUUCUUACGCUUUGAGUCAAUUCAUCGAAGCUUUUGCCUCAAUUCUUGGUCCACAGAUUUUUGUUUGGAGCAAUAACACAACAUUCUUCCCAAUCAUUCUCAUAAGUGGAUUUAUGAAGGAAAACUCGAAUAAAUGCAAAAUUCUUGUGUACGAAAAAACACCUGAAAUUUCACGAGUAACUGGAGAGUUUCUCAACUUUGGCAAUUCGAAUCCGAGUGAUUUUGAGGCUCAAGGAUAUCGAGUGCCGAGGAGUAAUUUG